CUAUUCCACCUAAGACUGAACCGCUCGGACGACCAAAACUCGUUUUCUUUGCGCAUCCCCACCACAAAACGUUCGCCGCCGCGAUCUUCGGUUUCGGUCGUUACGAACAGCAGCUGUCUACGUAGUGAGCUGUAUUGACACACUACCACUUGUUUGAUUACACUCGCGCGCACAUGUUCACAUUUGUAUUUAUUACAUUUAUUUGAUUGGCUGUUAUUAUUUUCCUUAGUGAUUUUUUUUUUUUUUUGUCAUAUAUAUUUUUUUAUUAAUUAAUUACCAUGGACCCACCACAAACUGUAAGCCGUUCACCAAUUAAAAAAAAUCCACCAGGAAAGCGAGUAGAUUCUGGCAAGAGACAAAUGAUUAUUAAUGCGUACAAGGCAAAAAUCAAUGUGGAUCCGACAAAGUCUUUAAGAACAAUCCGGCAAGAACUUUCUAAAGAAUUGGCCAUUGGAGCAACAACAAUUUCAACAACCAUAACCGAGUACAACACUACUAAAAGGGUAAUAUCUCCUUCCAAAACACGUGUUAAGAAAACAUUUCGUGAAACAUUUGAUGAGUUUCAUAGAAAUGCGGUUCGUAGGCAUGUACAUAGUUUUUGGUUUAAACGUGAAAUUCCUACUGUCGACAAAAUACACCAUGCAGUUUCGAAUGACAACUCCUUACCGACAAUUUCAAGGACAAAUCUUUAUAGGCUUUUAAAAGAAAUGGAUUUCAAUAUAGCAAACGUAGUCGAAAUAGUGCACUGA